AAUGUAAACUUGUCAAAUUUAUUAGAAUAUAUUGCUCAAAGCAUUUAGGCUGCUUUAAGGUUUAGAACAAUUUGUACACUCCAAUUUGAAGUCACAAGGGUUAGGUAUGAUUUUCUGGGCCCAGAGUUUAAUGGGUGUUGAACUGGUACUUUGGUACUGCUUAUAGUCGACAGGGAACCCUGCUUACGCACCGGUUCAAUUUUUAUAACAAAGUCUACGCUGCUUGAACGUCUGAUUAAAUUCAGCCAUGUUUUCUGUUGAGUAGUGUGGAAAGCUUCAGUUAUUUUGGGUUGAUUCACCAUGAGGGAAGCACGACCCUGGAAUGCUAUGGAUCCUAUCUCUUCCCUUUCCAGUGACGAUUCUUCGAGUUCUGAUUCAGAGGAGGAUGAACAAACAUCAAAGAAGGACACUACUAAAAAAGCAAGCAACCAAUCAACUCUAGGUGGAGAUUGUACCGCUGGAAAACUUGAAGUAGAGAGGAAAAAACCUAUCAUAGACUAUGAAGCUUUAAGCAGGCAUGGAUACAAUGGGGGCCCUUCAGUUCUUAAAGUUCCUCCUCCGAGGCCAAAUGAACCUGUGGAACAAGAUUGGUCUUGGUCUGGAGGAAAACGAAAGGUUGACAAUGAAAAGUCCCAAGAAGAGGAAUCCUAUGAAGAGCGGGAGCGAACAAGGCAUGCUGUUACAGAAGGUGCGGUAUUGUCUGCUGUUCAAGGAGUAGAUGAAAACAAUUAUUUGAAGAAACAGAAAAGAGAGCUUGCAAAUGAGCAUAAAUCUAUUUCUUUCUCACAGAAAGAGAAAAGAAAAAGGGAUCUUGGCCAGGCUAGUCGAGGAAAGAACUAUGUAGAAGAAGAGAAGAGGCUUUUGAGAGAUCAGGGGGUCUAUUCUGGUUUUGAUAAAUAGAGUACAUUUUGUACAGCACAAGAGAGACAAUCAGUCACAUCCCAUGAUAGCGGUAUGAGAAUUUUGUAUUAACAAUCAACCUCCAAAAGAUGUUGGGUCUAAUACCCAGAUACACUUCAUAUAGGUCACAGGAUGUUCUAUAAUAAAUAAUAAGUUUAAUAUUUAAUUUUUUAAUUUUUCUAGAGUAAUUGUUAAGUGAGAGAAACAUUGCUUCGUACUGAACUAACUGCUGUAUGGGGACACUAAUUUUGGCCUUUGCAAGUCUUGUUUCUAUCCCAGGAUCUUAUUAAUUUUUAACAAUUUUAUUUAUGCAA